CAUGAUCGUUUCUAUUUCCAUAACGCGGGCACGAAGUGUAUUCAAGAGAGAAAACAUGGCGUUGGGAAGCACAACACAGGCUUCACGAUUUCGGAGCUUAUUUUGGGUUCUACUUUGUUAUAUGAUACCAACGGGUUCAGGUAAUCUUGAUUGGGUGAUUCGCCUGGAUGGCUCACAGCUAUCCACCGAGGGGAGAAUAGAAGUGUUCUUAGAUGGCCAAUGGGGGACCAUCACGAAUAUUAAUACGUGGGGCUACAAUGAAGUUAGUGUAGUCUGCAAGCAGCUUGGAUUCCAUGGCAAACAAGUUGCGGUUCUUGGAGGAGGUUAUUAUGGUCGAGGCAGUGGCCCAGUCCAUCUUGCGAAUGUGAAGUGUCGGGAGGAAGCAACUUCCUUGGAACAAUGUUCACAUGUCCAAGUGAAAGGAGAAUACAUUGACCAUGAAUUCGACGUGGCCAUUACUUGCGAUGCUGCAAUUCGCCUCAAAGGGAGUCGAACUAGUGGAAAUUUUUUGAACGGCAUUGUUCAAGUAUAUACCAACGAAUGGAUCACCUUAUGCACGUCUUACUGGACAAGUGCCAACUCGAAGGUGGCGUGUAGACGACUAGGGUAUCCAGUAGGACGUGCUUCUUCGAUUAGGGUUCCUGAGACAUUAACCUCAGUAUACAGGAGGGAUUACCAAUGCACCGGCAAUGAAUGGGCAUUGGAAGAAUGUCCCAACAAUGUUAAUAAUUUAACAUCUUGUCAAUCGCAAGUCCCUUAUAUAAAUUGCAGCAAUGUGGAGACAUCUUCACCCUCAUACGAUAAGUCAUCAUUUACACUGUCCACAAUCUCUGGAUCUAUAGUCUUCCUCGUGAUCAUCAUCAUGGUCCUCCUAGGUUACCUUGUCAGUGUGAGGAAAAGAUCCAGCAGACACAGGCGAUGGAUCACAUUAGCUAAUGGACGGCAACAAGAUCGACCAAGUGAGACGGAGAGAAGAAGGAGGAGGAGGAGGAGGUCAGGAAGAGUGAGAAGGGGUACCCAAAGACGUCAAGCACCUAAUGUCAAUACCAUCAGUAAUGGUCAACAGGGGAACGACUUGCCUCCUUACUCCCGCCUUGAGGAAGACAUACCACCGCCGUACUCACAGCUGUCUCUUCCACGGAUUGAGAUCCCGGUUGUAGGAAGAGAGGAACGUUAUACCGAACAACCUCCGCGUUAUACCGAAACUGACGCUCUCGAUUUCUUCCAAGAGCUUGACGCCGAUCAGUUGCGAUUACAGUAUGAGAACAGGGCGGACGCUGAACGGUUAGCGGCUCGCUGCGGUCAACAAUCACCUCCGGACUAUUCCACAGCGGUUGAAUCGCCGCAGAUGAAUACUCAGUCUGUAAGUCAACAUAAUGAACUGGAAACUAUUUCCUUGCAAGGCCCCUCAAGCUCUGGCGAUGAGGGCGAUGAUAUAUCCCUAUCAGGUUGCCGAAACCCAAUCCCCAUUAUCCCUAAAGACAUGGUCAAUAUGGACGCAACUGUAACAUCAGUUGAAGUGUAGUAACUACGAAAGAGGCUUAGUUUAUUUAGAGGUACUUUUAGAAAAAAAAAUCAGUAGCAUAAAUUAUACAUUCUUUAAAAGACAAAAAAAUGAACAUACAAGCAUGGCACUAAUCAAAACUAUUAACAACAAGGGUUUGCAAGGUAAAGUAUGAAAAUAAACAAGAACAAUUUUUAAGUUCUACGUAGAAUGCCUGAAUAUUCGUCUGACAAUAAGAUUUUGAUUGAACGCAAACUAUAUAAAGAAGUCUGAGCUAAAAUAUAUAUGUGACAAUAAUAAAGUGGGGUUACUCAAUGAAUAACUCUGGGUAUUUUCACUACGAGUCUCGUAGUAAGAAUAAUGAACAUUUCCUUUCGUUUACUCUUAAUUUGCAAUGAUUAUUUUCGUAUUCUGAAAAUUACAAGAAGGUGAGAUGACGGUGCUGGAUAUAGGUAUUGGGAAAUGAACGGAACUGUACAAAAUUUUCACCAACAUUAUGUUGCCGUUUAAAUAAAUUAUUGUAUUUGUUGAUAUAAUAUUUCCUAUCUGGCAGAUUCUUGUCGCUUUUCACGAGAAAUAUUUACUGUUUAUUCAAUAAUAUCCUCCUAGCUGGCGCACUUCACUCACUGCUCGAAGAAGUAGAGUCCUUCGACAAUUCAGUCCAACAUGUUUGUAUGAAUGGACGGUAUUCUGGUAUUGUGAUGGCGUCCUAAUUAUAAAACUCCUUUUCUCUCUUCUGGUGAUUUUAGUCAUUAUCAUGGUCAUUAUAAACUUUUCCUUUUCAUCUUCGUGUUAAUUCAGGCAACCAAAACAGCCAAGUACAAUCGUGUCUAUUUUUGUUCGUUGUCCACACAUGGGCUGCAUAGCUCUUCUCAGCCGAACGGUUGUUCUUCUGACGGGUCCAGAUAUGAAUAGGACCUACACAAAAAUACAGGUUUGACAAACCCGCAUAAGUUUGUAUCCCCGAUACAAUGGGAAGAGUACAAGAAGACUGCAUCAACAUAAGAUUGGACAUUACAAAUUUAAGAUUUGACGUUAUUUGAAAGACAUAAAGAAUUAUAUAAAUCCCACCCUGUCCUAUCAGAAAGACGUGGUGAUACGGCAAAUAACAAUGGAAGUAAUACAAGAUUUUAUGAUAGGCUAUGUAAGAUAUGAAUUAUCUUUAAUUGAUAUGAAAUGAGAUGUAUCUAUUAUCAUGCUGUGUCAUAAAAUGAAAGAUUUGUUAUACGACAUUCUAUGCAAGUCAGUACUAAUGCUUAAAUAUUAUAUGCACGUAUUCACAUUCUUAAUUUGAAAUAAAGGUAACAUGAUGUGACAUAUAUUUUAUUGUAUAUAAACUACGUAAUCACUUAAUUAAAUGAUCUGUCUACAUAAUGAUUUAUAUUUUGUUAAUCAUUGAUAUUAAAUUGUGUAUUACCCCAAGGA